AUGCUCGAUGGGUCGAGCCCCCAGGCUGGAAAGAUUUGGAAGAAGGCCCACCUAACCUUCCUAUUUGAUGGCAAACGCAUGACGGAAACCUUCCUGAUCUGCAAUACUGGAUCACACGCUGCCAUCUUAGGAAUCAAAUGGUUAGAGAACCAUAACCCCAAAAUUGAUUGGAACUCGCGCACCCUUUCCUUCCCUCACACGCCCCCGGAACACAUAGCCAUUGCCGAAGAAGAGGAAGCUGACAAGAACCCCCUUGAAGGAGUACCCUCCAAGUACCAUCAAUAUGCAAAGGUAUUUGGGGAAGAAGAAUUCAAUAAACUCCCUCCUCAUAGGCACUACAAUAUUGGUAUUGAACUUACGGAAGAAGGACCCCUGAACUCGCCCCUUUACAGCAUGACUGAUGCCGAAUCCGCCACACUCAAGGACUGGCUCAGGGACAAGCUCAAGGCUGGGAAAAUCCGCCCCAGUAAAUCAUCAAUCAGCUCCCCGGUUAUGUUUGUACCCAAGAAGGAUGGUUCCCGUUGGCUUGUAGUGGAUUAUUGUUGCCUAAACAAUUGGACAAAGAAGAACAUCUACCCGUUACCCCGUCCUGAUGACCUCAUGGCCCAGCUCCGCGGCGCUAAGAUCUUCACCAAGCUAGACCUAAGAUGGGGUUACAAUAACGUCCGUGUCAAAGAAGGCGACAAAUGGAAAACGGCCUUCCGUACCAAAUAUGGUCUAUACAAAUCCCUGGUUAUGACUUUUGGCUUAACUAACGCUCCCGCAACCUUCCAACACUUCAUGAACAAACUGUUCAAGGACCUAUUGGAUGUAUGCGUCAUCAUUUACCUCAAUGACAUCCUAAUCUACUCAAAGGACGACGCAACCCAUACUCAGCACGUCCAUGAGGUCCUACAGCGCUUAAUGGAGAACCAAUUGUUCUGUAAGGCAUCCAAGUGCACAUUCCACGUCACAUUGGUGGAGUAUCUAGGAAUAAUCGUAUUGGACAAGGGGUUCAGCCUGGAUAAGCUCAAAAUCCAGGCAGUCCAAGAUUGGCCCACGCCCACUAAAGUCAAGGAAGUACAAUCAUUCCUAGGCUUUGCCAACUUCCUACGCCGCUUUGUUGCCAAUUUCAGCCAUAUGGCACAACCCCUACACAACUUGGUUAAAAAGGACACACUCUGGAAAUGGGAAGCCAAGGAACAGGAAGCAUUCCAAGGACUGAAAGAUGCCAUCACAAACGCCCCCGUGUUAUGCCAUGCCGACCCUACCAAACCUUACUUCCUUGAAACAGAUGCAUCUGGUGCUGCCCUGGGCUCUAUACUUAGCCAACGCCAAGAAGAUGGACGCCUCCACCCGCUUGGUUUCCUAUCCAAAUCAUUCAAGGGAGCCGAGCAGAACUAUGACACACACGAUAAGGAGCUCUUAGCGAUCAUUCGCUCCUUUGAAUAUUGGCGCAUAUUCCUGGAAGGCACCGCACACCCCAUCACGGUAUUCACAGACCAUCGCAACUUGGAAUAUUGGAAGGAGUCCAGAACAUUCAACCGGCGUCACGCUAGAUGGCACCUGUUACUAGCCGGGUAUAACUUCCAAAUUGUAUACCGCCCUGGGAAACAAUCUGGAAAGCCAGACGCACUCUCACGCCGCUUGGACCAUGCCAAUAUACCCCCUGCCAAUCAAACCAUGCUCCCCAACCCUGUGUUUGCCAAUGUAGCUCUAGUCACACCUGAGAAGGAACUCCAGCGUCAAAUCGAGGCAGCCUUGGACCAAGACAAGUCUCUGGAGGAGAUACUCCAAUUCCUCCAAAACAAAUCCAAAGCACCUCCCUCCAUCAAAAGGGCAUUCAAGGACUACCAGAUGGAAGCCGGAUUGUUGUUUUACCAAGGACGAAUCGUGGUUCCCAAUGUUGGCACAUUAAGGACGGAUCUAUUACAGAUUUUCCAUGACAGUCCACUGGCAGGCCACCCGGGGCAACAACGGACACUGGAAUUGGUAUCCCAAAACUACUAUUGGCCUGGCAUCCGCGCAGACACCUACUGGCACGUUGACUCUUGCAAAACUUGCCAGCGGAUCUGA